GCGGCCGGACCAGCGAUGCCGGCGGGCAUGACGAAGCAUGGCUCCCGUUCCACUAGCUCGCUGCCACCCGAGCCCAUGGAGAUCGUGCGCAGCAAGGCGUGCUCGAGGCGCGUCCGCCUCAAUGUCGGUGGGCUGGCACACGAGGUGCUCUGGCGCACCCUGGACCGCCUGCCCCGCACGCGGCUGGGCAAGCUCCGCGACUGCAACACGCACGACUCGCUGCUGGAGGUGUGCGACGACUACAGCCUCGACGACAACGAGUACUUCUUCGACCGCCAUCCGGGCGCCUUCACCUCCAUCCUGAACUUCUACCGCACCGGGCGGCUGCACAUGAUGGAGGAGAUGUGCGCGCUCAGCUUCAGCCAAGAGCUGGACUACUGGGGCAUCGACGAAAUCUACCUGGAGUCCUGCUGCCAGGCCCGCUACCACCAGAAGAAGGAACAAAUGAACGAGGAGCUCAAGCGCGAGGCGGAGACGCUACGCGAGCGGGAGGGCGAGGAGUUCGACAACACGUGCUGCGCGGAGAAGAGGAAGAAACUCUGGGACUUACUGGAGAAGCCCAAUUCCUCUGUGGCCGCCAAGAUCCUUGCCAUAAUUUCCAUCAUGUUCAUCGUCCUCUCCACCAUUGCCCUGUCUCUCAACACCCUGCCCGAGCUGCAGAGCCUUGACGAGUUCGGUCAGACCACAGACAACCCCCAGCUGGCCCACGUGGAGGCCGUGUGCAUCGCUUGGUUCACCAUGGAGUACCUACUGAGGUUCCUCUCCUCCCCCAAAAAGUGGAAGUUCUUCAAGGGCCCACUCAACGCCAUUGACUUGCUGGCCAUUCUGCCGUAUUACGUCACCAUCUUCCUCACCGAAUCCAACAAGAGCGUGCUGCAGUUCCAGAACGUCCGCCGCGUGGUCCAGAUCUUCCGGAUCAUGCGUAUUCUCCGCAUCCUUAAGCUGGCACGUCACUCCACUGGCCUCCAGUCCUUGGGCUUCACCCUGCGGAGGAGCUACAACGAGCUGGGCUUGCUCAUCCUCUUCCUCGCCAUGGGCAUCAUGAUCUUCUCCAGCCUUGUCUUCUUUGCUGAGAAGGAUGAGGAUGACACCAAGUUCAAAAGCAUCCCGGCCUCAUUCUGGUGGGCCACCAUCACCAUGACGACCGUUGGGUAUGGAGACAUCUACCCCAAGACUCUCCUGGGGAAAAUUGUGGGGGGUCUCUGCUGCAUCGCAGGGGUCCUGGUGAUUGCUCUUCCCAUCCCCAUUAUUGUCAAUAACUUCUCUGAGUUUUACAAAGAGCAAAAGAGGCAGGAGAAAGCCAUCAAGCGGAGAGAGGCUCUGGAGAGAGCCAAGAGGAACGGCAGCAUCGUAUCCAUGAACAUGAAAGAUGCAUUCCCCCGGAGCAUCGAGAUGAUGGACAUUGUGGUUGAGAAAAAUGGAGAGAAUGUGGGUCAGAAAGAGAAAGUGCAAGACAAUCACUUGUCUCCCAACAAAUGGAAAUGGACCAAGAGGACACUGUCUGAAACCAGCUCAAGCAAAUCCUUUGAAACCAAGGAGCAGGGAUCCCCUGAGAAAGCCAGAUCAUCUUCUAGUCCUCAGCACCUGAACGUCCAGCAGUUAGAAGACAUGUACAACAAGAUGGCCAAGACCCAAUCUCAACCCAUCCUCAAUACUAAGGAGUCAGCCACCCAGAGCAAACCAAAGGAAGAACUUGAAAUGGAGAGUAUCCCCAGCCCCGUGGCCCCUCUGCCCACUCGUACAGAAGGGGUCAUUGACAUGCGGAGCAUGUCGAGCAUUGAUAGCUUCAUAAGCUGUGCCACAGACUUCCCUGAAGCCACCAGGUUCUCCCACAGCCCUUUGGCAUCACUUCCCAGCAAAACUGGAGGUGGCAUGGCCCCAGAGGUUGGCUGGCGGGGAGCUCUGGGUGCCACUGGUGGUAGGUUCGUGGAGGCCAACUCCACCCCUGAUGCCAGCCAUCACUCCAGUUUCUUUAUCGAGAGCCCCAAGAGUUCCAUGAAGACCACCAACCCCUUGAAGCUUCGAGCUCUGAAAGUCAACUUCAUGGAGGGCGACCCCAGUCCAUUAGUCCCCAUUCUGGGGAUGUACCAUGACCCUCUUAGGAACCGGGGGGGUGCUGCCGCAGCUGUGGCAGGGCUGGAGUGUGCCACCCUCUUGGACAGGCCUGUGCUGAGUCCAGAGUCCUCCAUCUACACCACAGCGAGCGCUCGGACACCCCCCCGGUCGCCCGAGAAACACACAGCAAUAGCAUUCAACUUCGAAGCUGGCAUCCACCAGUACAUUGACGCGGACACAGAUGACGAAGGGCAGGUCCUCUACAGUGUGGGCUCCAGCCCUCCCAAGAGCCUCCACGGGAACACCAGUCCCAAGUUCAGUGUCGGGACGAGGUCAGAGACGAACCACUUUGAGAGCUCCCCCUUACCCACCUCCCCUAAGUUCUUAAGGCAGAACUGUAUUUACUCUACAGAAGCAUUGACUGGAAAAGCUCCCAGUGGUCCAGAAAAGUGCAAACUUGAGAACCACAUCUCCCCGGACGUCCGCGUGUUGCCGGGGGGUGGAGCCCAUGGAAGCUCACGGGAUCAGAGCAUCUGAACCACCCCCACACGGAGGAGAGACUUCUGGCGGGGUCCAAAGAGGGGUGCUGUUCAGCUUACCUGCCGCGGAGGUUUUCUGCAUGAACUCUGAAACAGAAAGUCUCUGCAAAGCCCCCAGAAAGAAGAGAGACUCCAGCGGAAGCUCCCUUAAAACCUUGAGAGCCGUUAUAGGGUCCGUCAGAAGCAAAGCGGGCCAAGCCGUGGGGUAUGGCGCCUCCUUGUAACAACUCUACUGCCCUCUUUGGAAGAUGACAAGAACAGAACUCGCAGCCACCACUACCACGUUCUAGACACCGCCGAGGCCACCUACUCCUCAUUCUUCUCUCGUGGCUGUCCGCCACAGCCUCCGAGGGCAGCAUCUUCAUCCCUCCUGGCUUCCGCUGAAGAAGGAUGCUGGAACAGGUGGCCGGUGUUCGAAGAGUGGGUUGACCAUUUUGGUUUGGGGUGUUGCCUGGCCACCUCUAGGAACUUCUGUCCAUCACCUGCUGGAUGGACCCCACUGUUGGAAGGCUACGGGGAUGCUCAUGUCCUGGGGAAAGCUGCAUCGUAAGCCAGGAUCCCAGCGCAAAACCCUUCCUCAAAUGUCUUCAUUGACUUCAGUAUUCCAUAGUACCUGAGAUUUUAUUUUGAGAUAUCAUCAGGGUGAGUUGCACCACUUGUACUCAAUUCUAAUUGCCCCCUGGCAAUCUGGAAAGGGUUCAGAAGGCGGGUGCUCAGGCAACAGUAUGAACUCUGAGCGUUGCUUUAGGGUGGAGAAGAAAAACGCUUUCUGUACAUCACUAGCGUAGACUCAAAAGAUAUCCAAGUGUCAAAUAUGCAAAAGAAUAGCUUAUUCAAAGCGACUGUAUGUUACCGAAGAACAGAAUAAAAUCUGUUUUUUUUUUUAACCUGAAAAAAACGAAAGGAAAAAAAAAAAAAAAAAGUCCCCAAUUGAAAUGCCCAGUUCAGACUUUUGAAUCCUUCCUGCUAAGGCAGGGAAAGUACUUAUUAUAAUAGAAUUUCUUUUUUGUUUCCUGUGGUAUUUAAGUUUUAAGAAAAAAGUUAAAAUAAAAAGCACUUUAUGUUUUUCAAAAAAAAAAAAAAAAUAGGUUUUACCAGGGACAGUGUCAACAUCUCGCACUUUAAAACAAGCAUGAUUUCCCGUGGGCCACUUCGCUGGGACUACAGCUGCGUUUUUGCUCCAGGCUUGUGUCUGGCCACGGUGGGUGAUACUGUGCUGGUAUUGCUGUCAAAGUCUGUGGGCUCCUUCCCUGCCCCCCUGAAGCUUCCCCUUAACCCUCUUGCAUCAGAAAGGGCACUUGGCCCUUGCGUGGGGGCCUGUGCUUAAGUCACAUGUGCAGGAAGCACGAACAUCUCAGAAGGAUGAUGUAGACGGUUGGGCAUUGGGUGUUGUACUCUGUUCUCUUUCUCGUCCACCAGGUGUGGGUAUGUUCUCAGUGUCACUGUCUGUACUCCCAGCUCAGCUCUCCUGCCUGCAGCCAUCAAUGCAGCCAGUACAGACAAAAGCAAUAAGUAUUCGUGUGCAUUGUGAGCGGUUCUGCUCGCUCUCUCUCGGUGUUGGUCUUCCUGUCUCAGUUUGAUGACCUGGCGUCGACCUGCCUGAUUUUAGUUCAGCAGCAAGGCGGUGCUGGCCACUCCCCAGUUCGGGAACACUGGGUGGAGCCGCUGGUUAGCACGAUGCCGUGCUGCUGGCCCGUCUGUUAGUGAAAACGGCACGUUAUUGAUCUACUUGUCUUCAGGACAGUGGCGCGAUGUCGUUCUCCUAACACAAUGUUGAUGGAUGACGUCCCAAGUACAAUAGCGUAGCUCUGCCGAUCCUCAAUAUAGUGCCAGGCAUUCGUCUUCCUGAUGGGACAAAACGUGGUUUGCCUGUCCUUCAUAGAAUCUGUUGUUGGUCUGCCUGUUAGUACAAUGGCACAAUCCACCCGUCAGUACACAAACAUCGCAGAGUCGUUCUGCCUGCCCUCUGCACAGUGGCAUGAGACUGGGCCACCUGUCACAGGCAUGAUGACACGGGGUCAUUCCACUGCCCUUGAAAACGUUGUGUCCUCUGCUGCAUAUGCACCCGGUCCGUACUGCUUCUCAGCAUCUCCAGGGACUGUAGAUCCCUCCAAGAGGGCGCGGUCCUGUUUUUUGCUGCGUUAACACAGUGUCUUGACUCCGGAAGUACCAGAGCACUCUUGCAUCAAAUCCUAAGGGAUUUAAGGGGCAGGGAGUACGAGGUAUUCCCGGGCUGGUGGCUCACCAGAAGGAGGAAGCGCAGGGCCCCCAGGUGCCUUGCUGAGCACACAGUCCAGGCUGGGGGCCGGUGGAGGGACAGCUGCAAGGCAGUCUUCCCAGGGCCAUCUCUCGUGUCUUUGU